CUUGCAAGUAAACAAAUGGCACGUAGCAGCAAAAGCUUUCCCUCGAGAUACUGGUCUUUCCCAGAGCAUGAAAAUGACAGCUCCAAGGCAUCAGAUUGCGAGAGAACUCUUUGUUUUGAUCGUUCAAGCAAUGGAGUUUCGAGUUUAUCACCGAAGAAAGAAGAUGGUGUGAGAAUUCAUAGGAAAGACGUGGAGAAAUUGAUGGGAAAUCUGGGGAUUUUUUGCGACCAAGAAAGUCAGCAACUGAAUGAAUCAUUCGGUUUUAAUGAAGUUUCAAGGUUGUUUGAAGAGGAGGAACCAAGUUUGGAUGAACUGAAACAAACUUUUGAUGUUUUUGAUGUGAAUAAAGAUGGGUUUAUUGAUGCAAAGGAAUUGCAAAGAGUUCUUUGUGUUUUGGGAUUGAAACAAGGUUUAAAGCUUGAGAAUUGUAACAAAAUGAUUAAAAAUUUUGAUGAAGAUGAUGAUGGUAGAAUAGAUUUUAAGGAAUUUGUAAAAUUUAUGGAGAUCGGUUUUUGCUGAAUUAAUUUUGUAAAAUUAAUAUAUAUUUAAUAUUUUGAUCUCA